AUGGAGACGCCUCCCAGCACCAGCACCAAGGGGCCAUCUCGCCGGCCCCAUACGAAAACACGCCUGGGCUGUAACACAUGCAAGGCGCGAAAAGUAAGAUGUGACCAGAUCAAGCCCGUGUGUCAAAACUGCACGCGCGGCAAUCGAACAUGUGUCUACGCUUCAGUAAGCCAAGCGUCCAGCCCAUCAACUUCCCUCUCCGUCACCCCAGCAGAGGCGCAGGAUUUGGAGUUGAUGCACUAUUACACCAUCUCAAGCCACCAAAUACUCUCCCGACUUCCCGAGCACUACUGGAUCUGGCAGGUGCAGGUUCCACGCAUGGCAUUCUCUCACAAAUACCUCCUCCACGGCCUCCUAGCCCUGACUGCCAUGCAUCGCUGUUCCGGCGCCGAUGAAUCCCAAAUCCCCAAUUUGGUCGCCUUGGCCCGAUAUCACCAACAACACGCCCUGGUAUUGUACAUUCCCCUCUUGCAACAAAUCGAUCCCGACAACUGCCAUGCCUUGUUCGCCUUUUCCAUCGUCCUCACCCUCCUCUCGUUUGGCAUGCUAAAGUCCGACGACCACAAUCCGCAGUCCCUCAUCAACGGCUUCACGGAUGUUUGUGAUUCCCAGUUUGGCGCAGCGGCAGUGGCCACCCAAGCGGCAGAAUGGCUGCGACAUGGACCACUGGGACCGACCGUCGUGCCGAUUGUGCAGCCCAAAUCCGACCUUUCAGAUGUUGAUCCCAGCGUGAGGGGCGUGCUGGAGCCUCUUCUACAAUGCGCACAGAGUGUUUGCGAAGAAGCCCGAGCCCAUCAGAGUGCCGACGAGGUGGCGUCGAGACAUGCAGCGUACAUGACCUCCAUCAUGGCACUGGCGAGCAUCCAGCAAGAGGAAUCCGCCGCAGAAAUCGCCAUGAUAACGGCCUGGCCUGUGAUGACCACGCCGUCCUACGUCAAACUGUUAAAGGAGAGAGAUCAACUUGCCCUUGUGAUUUUGGGGAAUUAUGGUGCAGUUUUGCAUAUAUGCGGCGGACAGUGGAUCAUCGAAGGAUUGGGUCGGCGAUUGACGGAAGCUGUCUAUGCAGAGGUCGAUCCGGGUUGGCAUCCACUUUUGGCGUGGGCGAGAAGCAGCAAUUAUGCAUCACAUUGCCCCACUCCUGUCCCUGCUUCCGCUCCUACUCCCACUCCUCACGAGAUGGCGUCCGAGAAUAUCACUUGA